GUCUCAUUAAUUUUCGUACCGUGUCGUGCUGUUGCAUCUGUAUUCAUUUACUUUAAGUAUUCUGUUAUUUUAUGACAAAAAAUAAUUUUGCUAUUAUCAUUCUGCACUGCUAGGGAAGAGGAUUUCAGAGAUUAAAUGACUGAGACUGUGAGACUGCAGUCAGUAUUAAAUUUAUGAUGAUCUUGUACCUGAAGCACGUUCAUCCAUUCAGCUAUUAGUAGCCUAUCUGUUCUCGAUGGAUCUUCCGUGAUCGUUCCCGCACUGUCAAGUGAGGCGGCGCCACAUCAGUUUGGUCUCUCACAGGCUACUCUCUGAUUUGUUUGGGUGUGAGUUGAUAAAAUACAGACUGCGUCCGCUAUAAUACGGAACGCAAUUCUGAUCAUUUAAAUAGCGGAUUUUACAGACUGCUGGCAAUUGUUAUGCGACAUAUGAUAAAGGUUUGUCAAUCAACAUUCGGACCUAACCGGCCCAAUUUUGACCGGUCCAGCGGGAAUUCUCCCGAUCUUCCCGACUGCCACUCCGGCCCUGCAGGCUACUGUAAAAGUGUGGGUUGAACAUGAGGAGGGAAGUGAGUCAACAUGCUGUUGGGAUCACACUGACUACAGUGUGUCCUCAGACUUACAAAUGUGAAUGCGCCUUUAUAAAAGUGAGACCAACACAUCUGUGACGAAGUUUGGAGUUCGGGAAUGAUUGCCGUUUGCGUCAAGUUGAUUGAGGUGUUUAUGUGGCCCACAUACACAAACCUGACAAAAUGCUUUAGUUAGCGGACCCACUUUGUACGAUGUCUCUUACGUAUAAGAUCAAGGAUAUGAUCCAUUCAGUCCGGAGGUUGAAAGACCAGGAGAAAAUUGUAAUGAGGAGCCACCAUCAAGCCUGUCAGAGGGUCAGGAUGUGGACCUGGGCACCAUGGAGCUGGAGCUGGUCAAUAGGGCAAUUGAGACUGUUCGCAGUGAGAUGGAGAGAGACAAGAAGAAACUCUCUCAGAUUGGAGAUCAGGAAUAUGAGCCCGCAUCUAGCUCUGUUAAGAGACAUAGACCCACUGCUGCAUCGUCCCAUCAGGGCUAUGAUCCUGGGAGCUAUCAGAUGGGCCAAGCAACUGAAUACAACCCUACCCCACGCUCCAGUAAAUAUACCUUGGACUCUGAGAACAGCAGUAGCAAUGCGCUGGAGUACGUGCCAACUGCUGUCUCCAAAACAAGCAUUAAAAAGGUGUUACCUCCACCACUGUCUCGUGUGAUGCCACCUCCUACUGUCAACACCAGGUCUGUCAAGUGUAAAUACACGCUGGAUAAUUCCAAACCCUCCACGGAUAUGGAGUAUGACCCUCUUUUAAACUACUCUGCUAAGCUGACUGUUAAAGAACAGAGGGCUUUGUGUUCAAGGGAAGAGGGGAGAAAGAGAUUUCACCCCACAGAAAGGGAAAAACAAUCUGAGGAUGAGGAAUAUGUUCUAACAGUAAAGAAACUAAGGCCAUUGCCACCUAAGGCAGACGUCCCAAAAUACACAGCUAGUUUUUCUGAAUCCGAUGAAGAAAGUUCUGGGACAGAGUAUCGUCCGAUGUCCAUAAGUCGACUGCAGCUCAAGGGAAUCCACGCAGGCUUGAAACGAGAAAGAGAGUCAGGUGAUGGAAAUUCUGGUACAUUGAGACAGCAAAAAAAGCAGGACUCUAAAACCGAGGAUGUCUUCUCACUGAGUGAAUCGGAAGACUUUGAGUUCCAGGCUGUGGACAGGACAUGCAAAAUAAUGGUAGAAAAAAAGAUGACUGAAAGUAGCCAGUCGAAAAGCAAUAAAUAUGAAAAAGAGGUGAAAGACUUGAAUAAAAAGAGUAACAGUCACAAAGAAAAACAAGGAAGUUCCAGUAGGGACAAGAUGUCAAAGAAUUCAAGUAAGGGGAGUAUGAAAAAAGACAAGACCCAAGGUAGGAUUGUGGAGGGGAGCAGCAAACCUAAAGAAAAGUCUUCGGAGAAGGUGCGGAAAGAAAGUACGGAGGCAAAGCACAGUGUUGACAAGAACAAGCAGUCAGGAAAGUUGAAAAGCGACCACAGCAACAAGGAAAAAGAUAAAGGAAGCUGUGACUCCAAUAAGCCCAGAACAUUCAAGCCAGUGAAAACUGACAAGGAAUCAUCCAAAUCCAAAGACAACAAAAAUGGAAAACUUGAGACCAGUGGAAAGGAGCAAAAGAGCAGCAAUAGCAGCAGAAGCAAUAAAGAAAAAAGUAAAAAAAACAGCUCAGCCUCCAAUCAAAAAGAGGCAAGAGAGACCAAACAGAGGAGUCUAAAGCAUGUGGAUUUGUUUGGUGCCGAGAGUGCUGAGGAGGAAGAUGAAAGGAUAGUGAGGAAGUCGGCUUCUGCUUUUAAAUGGGGAAGCCUUGUAAAUAAGAGGAAAACCUCAGUUACAUCAUCAUCUGAGGAUGAUUAUGAGAAUGAUGAUGAUUGUGGUGGAGAUGAUGAUGUAGGAGUGGACUACUCUAGCCUGCAGGCUGAGAUGGAGAAUGACUUGGACCCGAUGGAGGAGUGUCUACGGAUAUUUAAUGAAUCUAAAGAGGUGAAGAUGGAAGAUAAAGGGAGACAAGCCAAGCAGCCUUCACAGGAGCAAGAGGAGGAGGAAGACAACACCGAAAGCACUUUAUCAACUCUCUUUCCUGGCCAGAAGAAGAGGGUGUCACAUUUUAAAGCUCAAGGAAAAUCGGAGACAUCACUGAAUGCUGUGCCGAUACCACAUCGGAGGCUGACUGCGCAGGAGAUCUGUUACCAGCGCAUGCAGAAGGCCCAGCAGCAGGCAGCACAGCUGGCUGCUGCAGUAAAGACUGUGUCUGCUUCCACCAAACCAGUUCUGGGGCUCUCUGGAGCGAAACAGAGGGUGGCACACCAGCCAAAUGCCUCCCUUCCCUCCCCAAAGCCUGGCCUAACUAAUUCCAGCAGACGGGUGUUAUCACCCACCACAACAGUGACUGAUCAGGUUUCUGUGAAAGCUCAUACAUCAGCUGGCAUCCCAUCAAAGACCACAACCACUUCAUUGCAGAAGAGAGUGGCUCAUGCCCCUACACUCAAGAGCUCUACCAUGAAGUGUCCCAUCAUUCCUGCUGAAUUUGGGGCAAAGGUGCCAACUAAUGUCCGCCAGCGUUAUCUCAACAUCUUCAUAGACGAGUGUCUGAAGUUCUAUCCCUCUGAACAAAAAGCUUUUCAGACAGCUCUGGAGGAGGAGAAGGUGGUGUAUGACAGAAGCAGCAGUAAGAACAUUUACCUGAAUGUAGCUGUGAACACACUGAAGAAACUCCGCAGCAAGACCACACCUGUGUCUUCUGCCCUCAAGAGUCCAGCAGUAUCUGUGAAUAGAAAGGCCCAAUCCCAUGAAGGAGUGCUUGGUGGUCGACUUGCUGCCACAACCAGCUUCACUAUCAACCGUUCUGGCAAACAGCAGGAUAUGGACCUUAAAGGUGCCAUUCUCUACAAACAAUUGAAGAAGUACCUAAUGACUGAGGAACAGCUGCAGGAGCAUGGCUACCCCAGACCUGAUCCCGAGAUCUCGGGUCACGCUGUUGUCCAUAACCUCCCAGAAAAGAAGAACAAUGACUCUUUUUCCAAAGUGUGUUGUCGAUGUGGUGCUGAGUACAGAAUAAACGCUAAUGGCAGCUGUGUGCGUAAGGAGGAGUGCAGUCACCACUGGGGAAGACUACGUAGAAAUAGAGUGCCAGGAGGUUGGGAGACCCUUUAUAAUUGCUGUUCUGGUGCGGUUGGUUCUCCUGGAUGUGAAGUAGCAAAACAACAUGUUCAAGAUGGCCGUAAAGAGUCUUUAGAUGGUUUUGUGAAGACUUUUAGCAAACGGCUACCUGCAGAUGGUAAUGGAGGUGUCUAUGCCUUGGACUGUGAGAUGUGCUACACAAAACAAGGCUUGGAGCUGACCAGGGUGACUGUCAUUACCUCUGAGCUCAAGGUCGUGUAUGAUACGUUUGUCAAGCCGGCGAGCAAAGUGGUGGAUUACAACACACGGUUCUCGGGUGUGACUCAUGAUGAUCUGGAGAACACCACCAUCACCCUGAGAGACGUGCAGGCAGUGCUACUGAGCAUGUUCAGUGCUGAAUCCAUUCUAAUCGGACACAGUCUAGAGAGUGACCUCUUUGCACUUAAGCUUAUUCACAGCACGGUCGUGGACACGGCCAUUGUGUUUCCUCAUCGCUUGGGUCUGCCCUUCAAACGGGCACUACGAAACCUUAUGGCUGACUACCUCAAACGAAUCAUACAGGACAAUGUGGGGGGGCAUGACUCCAGUGAGGAUGCGGGCGCCUGCAUGGAACUCAUGAUCUGGAAGAUCAAAGAGGAUGCAAAGGUGAAGAGAUGACCUUUUACCCCACUGGCUCUUUGUCGCUACAUUAUGACCUGGAAGGAUUUGAUGAAGAGAGUGGCAUGGAAGAAGAGUUUGUGAAGCCCUUCAUAAUGGGUUUUGCGUCACUUGGCUCGGAUGAACUGCUUCAGAUUAAAUGCUGCAGUUUAAAUGAGAGCGAGAGAGAGAGCGCAAUGGACUGACACAAAGAGGAGACCUGUGGGGAUAAAGUGUUAGAUUGUAAAGCCUAGACCACCAUGGCUUCUAGCCACCCGAGCUGGUCUUCUAUCAAAGCAAUCUGUGGAACAAUCCUAACACCCACCAUGCUUAAACAGACCUGGUUAUGGCCAUCAUCAUGUCUUCAGUUUAGAUGUAAAAUGAAAGUUCACCCAAAACUGGAAAUUCUGUUGUCCUUUACUCAUUGACCUUAUUUUGUUUCAAACUCAUAUGAUAUUUUUCUUCUGUGAAACCCAUAAUGAGAAAUAAUGUGCUAUUAAGCUUCAAUAAGGAUGAAUGCUAGCCUCAGUCAACAUGCACUUUUACUGUAUGAAAAAAAGAUGCAAUGAAAGUGAAUGAAAGUAACAUUCUGGCUAGCAUCUCCUUUUGUGUUCCAUAGAAGAAAGUCACAGGUUUAGAACAACAUGGGUAAGUAAAUGAUGGCUUUUUUAACUAUCCCUUUAACCCCUUGAAAAAGAAUUUAUUUAUUGGGGGUAGUGGUCUUUUUGUUGAGUUAAAACAGUAUUCUAUAUUUUUGAUAAAUGUCUUCAGUUUUGAUGCUGUUUUAAUGACAGUGGCUCCAGGAAUCCUUUAUGGAAGGUUUAAGUGUUGCACUCGAAGGAAGUUUGUACUUGUGAAAUUUAUGAUUUAGCUAUAUAUUGAACCCUUAAUUAUACUUGAAACCAUGUUUAUCAGCGCUGAUGUGAUGUCACUUCCUCUAGUAAUAAUGUAUAGCAAUCCACAUACUCAUAAAUGCUGUCUAUCUGCAAAUAUGUAAAAAUAGAUUUUUCUGUGGCAUUCUCAUGACACAAUGCCUUGUUAACCAGGACAGUAUUAUUAUCUGUUCUAUAAUUAAUACUUAUAUUUUGAGAAUUUGUUUGCGUUUAAAUUUAUUAAUUGAUCACCUAAUUCAUGAACCAACGGGACUAUUUGAAGAAAAUAAACAAAUGUUUACUUUGAAGAGGUGUUAAUUUAGUUUUUGCUUUUUAGUCCGUGUAAGCUUGAUGCAGUACUUUGUAAAUUGACAAACUAAAUGUCACAUCAGUUUUUAAAAUGCAAAAUGCUGCCUGCAAUGUGAAAAACAUCACUUUCAGAAACUAAAACUAAAAACGCGUUCCCCUUCAAAAAUGUGAAUGUAAUAAUGCCAUGAGAUGAAUAUAUGCUGUAUUAGAGGUGUUUUUGUAGCUUUUUAGAUUUGUUUUCUAUUAAACUAUUAAUAAUCCA